AUGUAUUUUAAGGAUGAAGGGGAUAGUACUGACACAAAUUUCCCAGAUAUUUAUUCCACAGCUAGAAACACGUCUAAACCAUUUAUGCGCCCACAAUACACGCAAAGAAAACCAAAUAUUAGUUACGCAGAACUUAUAGCAGAAGCUUUAGAAUCCGCUGAAGGAGGAAUGCUUACACUUAAAGAAAUAUAUUCAUACAUAUCAAAUCGCUAUCCAUAUUUUGAAAUGAAUAAAACGGGCUGGCAAAAUUCUAUAAGACACAAUUUAAGCCUUAAUAAAGCAUUUUACAAGGUACCAAGAGGGUUGGGCAAUCCAGGCAAAGGCUCAUAUUGGAAAAUUAAUUAUGAGUUUUACGUUUGUAAAAGUGGAUAUAGAACAAAAAGAUUGGCAAAUAGAAAUAUUAAUAGAAGCAAUACUGACGAUUAUAUAGUACAGCAGAAUUUUUUAGAAAAUAUUGGUGUCACAGAAAUGGUAAGCAAAUCAAAUGUUACAUCAGUCUUUGAUGGAAAUUUAGCAUCUUUAUACGAAAAUAUAGAAAGUAAUGAAUGUCAAAAUGACCUAAGAAAUCCUAAUCAUAUAUUUUCAUUUAAAAAAUAA